GACGCGUAGUCCUGCAGUGUGCUGGGAAUGUUUACGGGAGGUUUCUCUUUGGUCGUGGAAUAAUUACAGUUUGGAGGGUGUUUUAUCAGCUUUAUUCGAACCGAGGGGUCGAAAUCACAUUCCGAUUCCGACAUGGCGUCGACAGCAGCCGGGAAGCAGCGGAUACCUAAAGUGGCGAAGGUGAAAAAUAAAGCACCAGCCGAAUUACAAAUUACAGCCGAACAGCUGUUGAGAGAAGCCAAAGAAAGAGAACUUGAAUUACUUCCACCACCACCUACUCAAAAGAUCACUGAUGAGGAGGAAUUGAAUGACUAUAAGCUAAGAAAAAGAAAAACUUUUGAAGACAAUAUACGGAAAAAUCGAACUGUUAUUAGCAACUGGAUCAAAUACGCACAAUGGGAGGAGAGCCUAAAAGAAAUACAGCGGGCACGUUCAAUUUACGAACGUGCAUUGGAUGUCGAUCACAGAAAUGUUACUCUGUGGUUGAAAUAUGCAGAAAUGGAAAUGAAGAAUAGACAGAUUAAUCAUGCACGCAAUAUUUGGGAUCGAGCAAUUACCAUUCUGCCUAGGGUCAAUCAGUUUUGGUAUAAAUAUACCUACAUGGAGGAAAUGCUGGGGAAUGUUGCAGGAGCAAGACAAGUGUUUGAACGUUGGAUGGAAUGGCAACCUGAUGAACAAGCGUGGCACUCGUAUAUUAAUUUUGAACUCCGAUACAAAGAAAUUGAGAGAGCUCGGCUGGUUUAUGAGAAGUUUGUUCUCAUCCAUCCUGAUGUUAAAAACUGGAUUAAGUAUGCCAGGUUUGAAGAAAAACACGCGUACAUCGGCCAUGCACGGAAAGUGUAUGAAAGAGCAGUGGAGUUUUUUGGGGAGGAUCAUAUGGAUGAACAGCUCUUUGUAGCAUUUGCAAAGUUUGAAGAAAAGCAGAAAGAAUUUGAUCGAGUGAGGGUGAUCUACAAAUAUGCACUCGAUAGAAUUGCCAAAAGUCAGGCUCAAGAGCUCUUCAAAAACUACACGGUGUUUGAGAAAAAAUUCGGGGACAGAAGAGGUAUUGAAGACGUUAUUGUCAGCAAAAGACGCUUUCAGUAUGAAGAGGAAGUCAAGGCUAAUCCACAUAAUUAUGAUGCCUGGUUUGACUACCUCCGCUUGGUUGAGAGCGAUGGAGAUCCUGAUACUGUACGUGAAGUGUAUGAACGUGCAAUAGCCAAUGUUCCACCCAUUCAGGAAAAGCGACAUUGGAGGAGAUACAUUUACUUAUGGAUUAACUAUUCUUUGUAUGAAGAAUUGGAGGCAAAGGAUCCAGAGAAGACGAGGCAAGUUUAUCAAGCAUGUUUGGAACUCAUCCCCCAUAAGAAGUUUACAUUCGCCAAAUUCUGGCUGCUAUAUGCGCAAUUUGAAGUUCGUCAGAAAAAUCUAGCUCUUGCCAGACGGGCUUUGGGGACUGGCAUAGGAAAAUGUCCAAAGAACAAACUAUUCAAAGGGUACAUUGAACUAGAGCUGCAGCUUCGUGAGUUUGACCGAUGCAGGAAACUCUAUGAGAAAUACUUGGAAUUUUCUCCAGAGAAUUGUACUACUUGGAUCAAGUUUGCAGAAUUAGAGACCAUCCUUGGUGAUGUUGAGCGUGCUCGUGCAAUCUAUGAGCUGGCAAUUGGCCAACCUCGACUCGAUAUGCCAGAGGUGCUUUGGAAGUCGUACAUUGACUUUGAAAUUGAACAGGAGGAAUAUGAAAGGACGAGAAACCUUUACAAACGUCUACUUCAACGUACUCAACAUGUCAAAGUAUGGAUUAGUUAUGUUCAGUUCGAACUUUCAGUGGAUGCACCCGAACGCUUAUCUAGAUGUCGACAAAUCUAUGAGGAUGCCAACCGGUCUUUGCGAAAUUGUGAGGAGAAGGAAGAGCGACUCAUGUUCUUGGAGUCCUGGAGGGACUUUGAGGCUGAAUUUGGCACAGAAUCAUCACAGAACAGAGUUCGAAAACUUAUGCCAGAACGCGUCAAAAAGAGGAGGAAGUUGCAGACAGAAGAUGGAUCAGAUGCUGGCUGGGAGGAAUAUUACGACUACAUUUUCCCUGAAGAUGCUGCCAAUCAGCCAAACCUCAAGCUGCUCGCUAUGGCCAAGCUCUGGAAGAAGCAACUGCAGGAUGAGAAAGAAUCAGAGGAGGACCCUGACAAAAGUACAGAUAAGAAUGAGAGUGAAUCUUGAUGACUUGGCAACUUUUUCUAGACACUUUAAUUUUCUUUACCUUUUUUUUGGAUUUUGUUUUUGUACAAUAUGUGAACAGCUGGAGCUGUCUAUAGUGUUUAUUAAAUAAGUUUUGUAAUAUGCUUUUUUUUGCAAUUCUUUAAGAUAUUGUUAUCCUCAACUGAGCUCAGAGUAACUUAGGGUCUAGUUUGAUUAAGUCAUACCUCCGCCAUUGGCUAACGUAAUUCAGUGGUUCUCUCAAGAUGACUUUCUAACUAUCCAAUAACGGUAUUUAGUAUUACUUUGUUUCAACAUGCAAAAUUACAACACAGUAUAGGCUAUUUACAAAUAAAGUUUGCCUUUAUUUGUUAAUUUUGUUGGAAAGUUAUAUGGUGGAAAAUUUUUGAAGCUCUUUGGGCAACUGUUUCUCCACCUUUCCGAAUGAAAGCUCACUUGUUUAGACUUGACAUAGGCAUAUCAAUAAUAAUUUCAUUGGUACACAUUGAACAAUACAGCAUAGCACAUCACCUUUGAGCCACAAUGUUGUGCCAACCUUUCAGCCUACUCUAAGAUCAAUUUAACCCUCCCUGCUACGUAGCCCUCCAUUUUUCUCUCAUCCAUGUGCCUAACUAAAAGUUUCAUAAAUGUCACUAAUGUACCUCCCUCUACCACACCCCUGGCAGGGCAUUCCACACACCCAUCACUCUCUAUGUAAAGAAUUCAUCUCUGACAUCCUCCCUGUACUUUCUUCCCAUCACUUUUAAAAUAUGCCCCUUUGUAUUCACCAUUUCCACCCCGGGAAGAAUCUCUGGCCAUUCAUUCUAUCUAUGCCUCAUCAUCUUGUACAUCUCUGUCAAGUUGCCUCUCAUCCUCCUUUGCUCCAAAGAGAAAAUCCUGAGCUUGAUCAAUCUAUCUUCAUAAGACAUGCCCUCUGGUCCACGCAGCAUCUCCUCUGCACUCUACACUGAACACAAUAUUCCAAGUGUAGUCCAACCAGGGUUUUAUAGUGCUGCAUUAUUACCUUGCGGCUCUUUAAAGUCCCCGACUAAUGAAGACCAAGAUCCCACACACCUUCUGAACAACCACGUCAACUCGUGUUGCAACCUUAAGGGAUCUGUUGGUAUAUACACAUAUAAUUUCAGUCCUUGAUGUAUCAAAGCCACCUUUGCCUGUUCCAUGCAGUCUGUACCAUCUUACUCUGAAUCCUUGUGCAUAUGACAUGAAAAUGUCAACAGCAAAUUUAUAGAAAUCAUUGUGUGCAUUGAGUUUAUUGUGAAUUUUCGUUGCAAGUUCUUUGUAGGUGUAUUCUUAUGAAUAGGAGGCUGGAGAGGGCAAAGUGACCCUGGUUGCAUAUAGACAUCAACAUUUAGUCCUUUAACAGGCUAGAAGUUUUGAUAUCCAUGUUCCUGAAAGUACCAGUCACAGAGUGAAUAUUUUCAGAGGACUGCGAAAUUCAAAAUUCUGCAUCCUCUUAUUUCCGCAAAGGGUCCAAUACCCAAAUGAAAAACUGAAUUUGCAAAUAAUGAUUUAAGUUCUUAAAGUGCUUUUGUGUAUUAAUGAACUCUCUGAGAAAUGACAUUAUUUUCUUCUCAUUGUUCACAUUGCAAAGAAAACUGAAUGAAGUCUUCUUUCUCAAAUCUGGUGAUACAGAGCUCCAGUAUCCAAGUAAGAGCGUCAUUUAUCCUCUUACACCAUACUAUGGUAUGGCUGUUAAAUUUCCUUGUAACCAUUAACUUACUGCGAUGAAAAGACUAAAACAUCUCUGCCAAAAAAGUUGUAAUUAGAAGUUUCUCGGUUGCUUGGUCUGUCCAAGCAGAUUUUGCUUUGAAUUCAACAAGGAUAAACUCUUUUGCUGAAGAAGGCCAUCACUUCCUCAAUAUAAAUAAAAAGAAUUAUAAAGAUGCAAAAUUCAAGCAGAAGACUUUUGUUAGUUGGCCACUUUUUAUGUAAUUUACAGUUUUAACAGUUUCAAUGUGUGAUAAGCCUUUUAAUAAUUUCUUACAUAAAUGAUGUGAAUUUUUAUUUCAAGUGGUAUUCAAAUCUCCAUUUCUACCUACCGUAGAAGUUGGACAUAGUCUCCACUUGGCAGACUAUGAACAGUAAAUUACGCAUCCAUUUCUUAAAAUAUUUGCAGACAUUAGCCUGGUUUCACCACCAAAAGACAAGAAUCUCUCAACAGCUGCCAAGGAAGAUUUUAACAGCUUUUCUGGGAUUCUUGUCAUAUCUUUCUGCCAUUUUGUUUAUUUGGAUCUACACUGUAUUGUCCAAUAAUGGAACACCAUUAGCACCUGUAGAUUGUCUAUUUCAGUAUGUGCUUUAUACUUUUGUGAUUUAAAAUUGAGCAUAGAAAAGAAGCUUUAAUGAUC